CGCCGCUAAUUUUUGAUAGUCGCUUUGUGUUUAGCGUAGCUUGAAUUUAUUUCUAAUAACGCUUGAUAUCUUUCAAGAAGAAUGGAUGAAUUUAGUGAACAAUUAAUUUAUAAAGUACAAGAUCACCCAUAUCUGUAUGAUGACCAACAUAAGGAAUAUAAAAACUUGAUCGCCAAGGAGCAGGCAUGGAAGAAAAUUGGCGAGGAAUUGAAAAUGUCGCCCAUGAAGGCCAAGGCGCGAUGGAAGAACUUGCGCGAUUCCUACGUAAAAUACAAGAAUCAAUUGAGCAAAGUUAAAGACGUUACAGAGCAAGAAGCUGUUAACAAUCGCUAUAUGAAAUGGACUGGUCGCUCAUAUUUAUCUUUUUUAGAUGAAAUAUUAGCACGUCGGUCACAAUCGUCGUCUCACGUACAGCUAAAGUCCGAAAAUGCAUCAUCGCCGCAUCCCACGAAACGCGCAAAAAGUGUGCAGCGUGAUGAUGAUGAUGAUGAACAAAGCUAUAAAAAAGUCAAAAUGGAUAAAGUAAAGAAGAAAAGUCAAAAUAAAAUUCGUUCAACUUUGAAUGCUUUAACUAACAAACGGCGUCAUGAAAAGACACAAAUGAAAGAGGCACAAUCAAUUGAGGAAAGUUCACUAAUAGCACUCAAUGCAAAGGUUGAAAAUCUAAACAUACCACCUGACAAUUGCCUUGAGAUAUCUACCACAAACGGCAUACCAACGCAUGAUGGCAAUGAAGCAGUACCUAAAUCCAAUGAAACUGCCUUGCAUUACUUGGAAGACAAACGAAAUUAUCUGCCGCAAACUAUUAACGCUGGCAGGGAUGCAAUUGAUCAUCUGUUCAGCAGCUAUGCGCAAACAUUCCGUGCGCUACCGUUACGCCAGCAGGUGCACAUAAAAAUUGAGAUGGCAAAACUUUUCGCCACUGCUGAAAUCGAGAGCCAACAAUAGGAAUUAUACAUAUAAUAUGUGUCUUGCCUUUGUGCAAAUCUAUGAUUUUUCUUUAUUUGUUUUGUAUGUAAAUGAAGUAUUACUUUUAAAAUAGUAAGUGUACAUGUUAAUAUGUAUUGAAUGUGAAAAUAUGUUUAUGUUUCAUAACAGAAUAAAUUUAUUUGUUCGCUCGUGGUCUUGCACUCGAA